UCAUUAUGACCUUGGCACCCUUACCCAGAUUGAGUGUCCCUGGGUUGGACGGCGCUGCUGGGCGCGCUACUGCUGCUGACGCUGGCAGACCGCGAGGAUCUCUGGUGCUGCACAGGAUCGAGUGGUCCACUCUGCUUUUCUUCGCCGCGCUCUUUGUGCUUAUGGAGACUUUGUCCAAAUUAGGGCUGAUUGGCUACAUCGGAGGCUGGACAGAAGCUCUUAUACUUCGAGUAGAUGAAAGUGAUCGAUUGGCUGUAGCCCUUAUCAUAAUGAUCUGGGUAUCUGGUAUAACAUCAGCGUUUGUGGACAACGUACCUCUGACUACUAUGAUGGUUCGAGUUGUGACGUCAUUGGGCACCCAUCCUACGCUUAACCUGCCCAUGGAACCGCUUAUAUGGGUGUUAUCCUUCGGCGUCUGUUUGGGAGGCGAGUUUUUAUACAACUUUAUAACUGGGGAAUGCGUCGCUCACGAAUGAUCCGAAAUCUUUGUAUUCAAAAGUUGAGCCAUGGAAGACUUCAAUAUGGGUUUGCC